AAACGACUGUUAGCUUGUUUCUAACUACUCGAAUCACCGCAGCCUACUACUGUCGGUGUUUUAACUUUUUCUAACGCCUCUCAACUCUCAAAAAGCGUUGCAUUUCGGGUAUCAACACUUAAAUCUCAUGGUGCCAUUUUUAUUCCGUGUCUCGCGAGGUGGGGAAUAAACCUCUCGUGAUACCUGACAUCAAAUACUCCGAGAGCCGACAAAUCAAACGACUGUUGACUGGUUGCAUUUUAGAUCUCCGUCUCUGUUUCUCCCAAUCUCUGUUAAAUUACAUAAGAGAAAUCCGUCGCGUUGCAGCAACACCCUCGCUGACGAUCUCGAUCGUCUGUUUUGGAGGGAAUCAGUCCUAUUUUCGAAUUUUAUUGGCGGGAAUUGAAGCUUUGUUUGUAUCUCCGCCUCUCCGGGGAGGAGGUUCUAUACAUUAUGCGCUGAAGUACACAGGGGAGAGAGAGAGAGUAGAGGUAUGUUCGUCUCAGACAAUACAAGAGGACUCAUUCUCGCAGUCCUUUCAAGCGCUUUCAUCGGCGCCAGCUUCAUAUUGAAGAAGAAAGGCCUCAAACGUGCUGGUGCUUCUGGCAUUCGUGCAGGAGUUGGAGGAUACACAUACCUUUUAGAACCACUUUGGUGGGCAGGGAUGGUGACAAUGAUUGCUGGAGAAGUUGCAAAUUUUGUGGCUUAUGUUUUUGCUCCAGCGGUUCUAGUGACUCCACUUGGUGCAUUGAGUAUAAUUGUUAGUGCUGUCUUGGCACACUUCACACUGAAGGAGCGAAUGCAGAAAAUGGGAGUGCUUGGAUGUGUCUCCUGCGUUGUUGGUUCGGUGGUGAUUGUAAUCCAUGCACCCCAAGAGCAUUCUCCAAACUCUGUACAAGAAAUUUGGACUCUGGCAACCCAGCCUGAAUUUCUGUUUUAUGCAGCAGCUACCUUAUCAGUGGUAUUAGCUCUGGUGUUGCACUUUGCACCUCGCUGUGGGCAGACAAAUAUCUUGGUUUACUUGGGUAUCUGUUCAUUAAUGGGUUCUUUGACGGUUGUAAGCAUAAAAGCUAUUGGAAUUGCAAUAAAGCUUACACUGGAGGGAAUUAGUCAGAUAGCUUAUCCUCAGACAUGGUUUUUUGUUAUGGCUGCUGUUAUCUGUGUCACCACACAAUUGAAUUACCUGAACAAGGCAUUGGAUACCUUCAAUACAACCAUUGUUUCUCCAAUUUACUAUGUAAUGUUCACAACAUUGACGAUCGUUGCCAGUGCAAUAAUGUUUAAGGAUUGGUCGGGCCAGAAUGUGAGCAGUAUAGCUUCUGAAGUAUGUGGAUUCAUUACUGUGCUUUCUGGAACAAUCAUACUUCACACUACAAGAGAACAUGAAGCAACAACCCCUGCAUCAGGGACUAUCUCAUGGCAUGUCUGCGGUGAUUCAACGAAGAACAUUGACGGCAGUCAUUACAUCAUCUUGCAGAGUUCAGGCUAUUUUGAGUAGUCAGUCUUGAGUUGUGUACGUGAAAAAUGACCUGCAAUAUGGAUGCAUAAUUCCUUAUAAUGGGGCUGAGAAUAAAUGUGUGGAGAUGCAUAUGUUCAACAUCAGAGACAUGGUAUAGUGUACUGAUCUGCAGCGGUGGGACCAGUGUGGUUUGGAUGCCCAUUCCUAAUGGUUCUCGAUCAUGAAAGCACUUGGAGAAACAGUGAACGCCCAGGUGGUAUCUUCAUUGUAAUUUCAUAUCAUGCUGCACAAUCAUCUUUUUUUGUACAUAUUUAAUUCAUGAUGUAUUCAUUUUUGGGCAGAGGGAAAGAGAAUUAAACAUUAUAAUCAGUCGUUUUGUUUUGAGAAAUGUAACCAUACAUUCAUUGGUAGUCACAA